CUCCCACUUCUCCAUCAAUGCCCUUCAAAACUAAAAGCUUCCAUUUUUACGGCGUCCCGUAAUACAAAACCUCUGUCUCUGUUUCGCUUUCAUUUCUUUUAAGGUUUUCAGAUUUAUAACAACAAUGUCGCUAAAGAAAUCCUUAGCAGAGCGUGUCCUGAAAUUCUCCAAAAUCCCUAAUCAGUACUUGACCAAUAGCCGCAUUUCAUCUUCGCUCCAAACCCGAAUCCACCAAAAUCCGGCUCAAUCCAACACUAUACCUGACCAUCCUGGAGAACCCGGCAUCUUCCGACGAUUAUUCCACAAACCGGCCAUUUUCUCGCCUGAACUCCGGCAACUGCCGAUUGGGGAGGGCUUGAUUGAUAGAAUCCGGGGGUUUGACAUUGUGAAGGAUAGGAUCCGGUGGGAUGUGUUGAGUCCGCCUCCGGUGGUGACGGAGGAGGUGGCGGCUGAGGAGGGGUUGACGGCGGAGGAUGCGAGGAAGUUGUUGAAAGUGGCUCAGUUGGAGGGGCUGAAAUCGAGACUGAGAGAAAUGGAGAAAACAUGGAUUUGUUAUUCGGAGUUUGUUCGGGUAUGCAGUGAGGGGUGUUCUGAUCUUGAGUAUGGUAUUCGAGUAGCGAGGAAUCUUGAUGAAUCCGGGACUGUUGUUGUUCUUGGAAAUCUUGUUUUACUGAAACCAGAGCAGGUAUUGAAAGCUAUCGGAGGCCUAAUUCCAUUACCAGCAACCGACCCCAAUGAUCCAAGAAGAAAGGAGCUGCAGGAAAUGGAGAAACAGAAAGCUGUAAUCGAUCAAAAGGCCGGAACCCUGGUUCGCCGUGAACUAUGGUGCGGCCUUGGUUUCUUAAUUCUUCAGACAGCUGGGUUCAUGAGGCUGACAUUCUGGGAACUUACCUGGGAUGUCAUGGAGCCGAUCUGCUUCUAUGUUACAUCAUUUUAUUUCGUGGCUGGCUAUACCUUCUUCCUCAGGACAUCAAAGGAGCCUUCUUUCGAAGGGUUCUAUCAAAGCAGGUUUAGUGCCAAGCAGAAGCAGCUCAUGAAACUCAACAAUUUCAAUAUGGAGAGGUACGAUGAGCUUCGAAAGAUUUGUCACCCUCUUCCAUCAUCUGUGGAGCAGAUCCAAGCAAUGAAUUCACUUGAUCAAGCUGGGAAAAUAUGCUGAACCAUUGUUACCAGAAGACAAAUUAGCAUAUAAGAAAAAAAAAAUGUAUAUUACAAUUUUGUUGGAUUU